GGUUCCCGGAGGGCAGAGCCCGUCCCGCGGGGCUGCGGGGACGUUUCUAGGCAGGCUCCGCGCUCAACAGCCCCGUUGCUACGGCUGCGGGGCCUUCCAGGCCGGACCCCGCGCGGCGCGGCCCCUGUCGCCAUGGGAACGGGCCCUUCCGGAGCGGGCGGCGAUCGGCACGGCCGAGCCAAAGAACAACAUCAGCCUGCUGCGUGAGAAGCUGCUGCGGGCAAAGGAAAUCAAGGCAAGAAAGAAGACCCCGAGGGAGAACCGCCAGAACCUCCUGUAUCCAAACGAGCGUGGUCAGCAGGACAAGGGCAGUGACCCUUCCCCUGUGCUCUGCAUUGGGGAGGCCACACCUGGAGUGUUGUGGCUGAUGCUUCUGAAGGCUCUGGGCGCUCUCCGGUGGAGCUGGAUGACUUGGUGUCGCGGCCAUGCCUGGUCUGUGCUGGGUCCUGGCCGUGCCUGUGCCCGGCUUCCAGUCCUCCCGCAGUGUCAUCCCAGGCAGAUAAAGGCUCCCUGCGGACUGUGCUGCUCACAAACCCAGAAGGACGUUGAAGGGACGCGCACUCGGAGCACCCGCGCUGGCUGGAGACGAACAUCCCAGGCAACGACAUGCAGUGGGGUAGGGAGAUCUGCCGCCACCUGCCCCCCUUCCCCGCCAUGGGCACUGGCUGCCAUCGCUUCAUCUUCUGCCCUUCAAGCCAGAACCGCCCAUCGACUCCAGCGAGGAUGUUGGCGCAGGCCCUGGUCACUGGGGCUGUUGCUGGGCGGUUCACGCUCUCUUGGCCAGGCUGUUCUUGCGUGUUCUGGUGACAAGGUCGUGACUGCUGGAGGAGAGCAAGUUCCUUGGAGUCUGCAGGGUUGCUCAGGGCUGCUCCGAGUUUGUGUGUUGCCUGAAGCCGCAAUCCCAGCCCUGCAAGCACUGUGCUGUCCUGUUGCUUUCAACCAGGCCGCCACAGGCUCGAGAUGUGAACCUUGCGCACGUGUGACUUGUACAGAAAGCACGAGGAUGCCGUGACCCCGGCAGGGCUGCCGUUCCAACAGUGUUUCGAUGUUACAUUCUAUGGAAACGCCGUAGAACAAAUUGUGGCUGCUGUUGUUUAUCUGCUACAAUUUCUGUAGCAUUUUUAGACAAUUUUCGAAGUCGACUCUCGUCAGGAAUCCAGGAUCUUGUGCUGACCUGCAUGUUGCUCCUUCUGCACGUUGUCCUCGAUUAAUGCUGACCUGAGGGAUUUAUCUGCAGCACAACACGGUGUAGAUACUAAAUCAGGUCUGGAAGCCAUCUCAGGAGAUGGAUUAGCUCGUCAUUGCACCAAAAAUAGAAGGAAUGCUACUUCCUUGUUUCCUGUGCUUAUGUAAUAAGGCACAUACGUGGUAGUAACAGAGCCCGUGGCCCCUGUACUUCAUGUGCUUAUAACAGAGUAAAAAUAAAUUGUUAAAAUGAA